UUCUCAUAUUAUCGUGAUCUGACUAUCUGGCAAUGCGAUGCGAAAAUGGCAGACCCAAUCUCCCUCAUCGCAGGCAUAGUGGGCAUAGCAGCCGCAACAGCGCAGCUCUCAAAUGCAGUCUACACUCUCAGCGAUAAAAUCAUGCACGCACCUCUCGAGAUCCGGAAUAUUGCUUCCAACAUGUUACUACUUUCCAGCAUUCUGGAAAACCUUGCGCAGGUGCUCGAGGAAGGUAAGGAUGUUUAUAAAGAGCACUUACUGCUAGAAGCGGAAAGUAUUCUGGAGCGCAUGAAAGAGGUGCAAAAAGAUGUGGGGAAGAUGUUAAAGAGGCAGAAAGGUGUUCGAGCGAGGGUAAAAUGGGUGUUGAGCUAUAAGAAAGUUGGGGAGUUGGGGGCCAGGAUUGAGGCGUUGAAGAGUGCGUUGGGGUUGGUGCUUUCAACAGUGCAGUUGGCUAUGUGGAAGAGAGAUCCUAAGAAGGAGGAGAAAAAGGGAGUGAGAUUGAGAAAUCUGGUCGAAGCCGUCAUGAAGCAGAACCGCCAGGCCAUCAUCAGCCUCAAGCAGCAACCGCCGCCGCCGCUGCCUGCGCCUCCGCACAUGAACAACGGAAGAAUGCUACCAAACCUCCCGAAUGGCGAACCGGCAGUGAACCCUUUUGCUCAAGGCAUGCAGCCAUACGCUGGAGCAUACCCCUAUGAAAAUCCAUUUGCCCCGGGGAUGAGUAAUUCGCUUGCGUCCCAGUCCCAUCAGCUGAUGCACGCAGCCUCAGACUCCAAAACCACGGCAAAGAAAACCGAAACUGCUGCAUGGCUAUAUCAGUUAUCUUUCAAGCCGGAAAUGGACCCCAAGAAGCCACGCCUUCUCGGACCACCCCCACCCGGAGAGAAAGAUGACGGAAAUGUUACGGACGAGAUGUCAUUGAUACCUGCGACGCAGAAACUACAAAAAAUUACCAUUCCAUCCGCUAUUCAGGGUAUCCUAGGGGCUUGGACAGUUCUCGACUCAGAUGAGAUUGAGUCUAUUGCUUCAGAAUAUAUCUCGCACCCCGACGACGAUCUGUUCGCUGACAAUGAAACUGAGAAGGGGGGCAAUGAGAGUGAUUUCACAGAUGAAACAGAGUAUUCUGACACGGAGUCAUUCUUGCAACAGGCGCAUCCGGCGAUGCGAAGGCCGAUGUUGAAAUCCUCCAACAGUGAGCCGAAUACAAUGGGAUAUGCACCGUACCCGCCGUAUGGUGCGUACCCAGGGUAUAUCCCACCUCCGGUGGGAUAUCCGCCUCCAAUCAUGAGUGGUCCACCAAGCCCGUCCCCAACGGCUGUUCCACCGCAGCCGGCUACUUCAAAACCAGAAGUUCCGCCUGCCCCUCCUCCCCAGUGGAAUUCUCCGCCUCCCCCUCCUCCACACCCCGCUGACAAUAGUAUAUUGGAGAAGUUGGAAGAGCUCCUGCGUUCCAAAGAGGAGCAGGACCGCAAAUCAGCAGAGAAUGCGAAGUUUUCGCGUUUAGAAGAGCUUUUGAUCCAACAGGAGAGGGCUCGUGUCGAAAAAGAUGUAGCAAAGCGUAAAGCUGCUGAAGAAGCCGCGAACGCUGCUGCGAUGGCCAAAAAGAAUGGUGAUGAGAUGAAGCUAGAUGAGUUGGAGAAGCUGAUACUGGGACAGAAGGAUGAGCAACUAAAACGAGAGGCCAUGUUUGAAGCGGCCCUGAAAGCAGAGAGAGCAGAUUAUGACGCUAAAUUACAAAAGCAAGCAGCUGACAUGAAGGGUUCAGCAGAAGCGGCCGCGAAGUUGCUCGAAGCGGCAAAAAGGGCUCGUGAAGAAACUGAAGCGAGAUCUGCGGAGGAACUUGAGAGUUCAAGACAUAUGUAUGAGAAUCAGUUGAAAGAAGAGAAGGAGCUGCGUGAGGAGCUGGAAGACAAGUACGAGACGAGAUUACUUGAGGAAGACCGAAUAUCGAAAAAGAAAGUCACGAUUGGAAAGAUGAAUGAGGAGCGUCUGCGGGAUAUCUCUGUUUUGCUCAUCGGAAAACUCAACCGAUAUAAGAUCCAGUCACGUAAAAGGACCUUUUUGACCCUGGAUGGUAAAAGCUCGAUUACCGUGGGUGAAGCACAUUCACCCUCGCAGGAGCUGGAACUUCUCGAAGAACGAUAUCGAUUUCUCGCACACGAUGCAACAUCUACAGCGUCUUCGAAACCCGCAAACAGUAAAGAGGAAGAAAAGGCCGGAAUCCGUCGCUCGAUCCGCCGGUGUCGUCGACAGCUCGAAACCCUCCAAAUCAAACUCGACCAGCUAUCCGACGCCCCAGAAAACGAGGAGGAAAGAGAAAAGCUUCAGUCAGCUAUACUAAAUUGUCGCCAUCGAAUUAACAAUUUGGGUAAUCAAGAGGAGUACCUGAGCUUCACCUCUCCGACCCCCCACAGCCCGAGCGACCCGUUCAACCAAAUCCCACCGCCACCUCCGCCUCCAUUCUUUCCUCCCGCUCCCCCACCACCCCCACCUGCUCUAAUAGACUACUACAUUCCUAGCGAUGACGACGAUUCUCUGGGUAUCAACUACAACAUCAUGUUCAACACAUAUAACACUACCGACAAACAAAGGCUUCGCAUGGUGAGCGAGUCUCUGCAUAAAAACAACAUUGAAUCAUUCUUCGAGAAAAAAGUCACGACGAGGGGUUUUUUGUCAGCAGAGGUGGUGAAUUCGGGCGAUGAACCAGAGAAAUUGAGUGGGUUGAACGAUCAGGUCAUGUCUGGGUCGCUCAUGUGGGCGCCUUCGUUGGCGCAUGGGCGGAGCGAGUUGUUUGAGAGUCUUUGUGAGGUGGGGUGGAUGCCGGUUUAUGUGAGGGGCUCUGAGACGGGACAGACGUGGUUCCACGGCCCUGUUCCAAUCCACGCACGCUUCUUAGAUACAAAGUAUGUACCCGUGCUACCACAUGUCACGGAGCCUCCCCAGCAACUCUACUGCCUCGUGGGGUCGGAGUGGAUUGCAGAAGAUGCGCUCCAGGCCAUGGGAGUUGAGCAUAAGCUUUUACCUUCGGGAUUCUGGAUGCUGCCUCCAGAUAUUGUAUAUGAUGAGAUUCUGACAUUGAUUUCUACAUCUUUCACUUUGAAAGAGGCCGCGAUAAGAAAGAGAGCUAGGAAAGCGUUGAAUUCUGACAGCUUGAAGUUAGUGGAGGGCGUCGUGGAUCCUUUGGGCAGUGGCGACGAUAUACCGGGGUUCGCGCUUGUUGCAGAUAUUGCUUUACACUGA